AUGGCUGUUUCAGCCUUUGGACUCGUCCUUGCUGUGCUGGCCUCACUCAUCAUCUCYGCCAACGCGCUGGUGGCCGUCGCCCUGCUUCGCCUCAUCCACAAGAGCAGAUGCAACGGGCACUACUUUGUCCUUAACCUGGCCAUCUCAGACGCCACGGUUGGCUUCACGGUCGUCGGUCUGGUCAUAGAUGAGCUUUCCCAGCCCUUUUAUCCCUCCCAGACCUUCUGCGUCCUGAGAAUGGCUUUYGUGACCUUCUCCUCUUCUGCCUCCGUCCUGUCCCUGACACUGGUUGCCUGCGACAGGCACUUGGCGAUCAAGAAGCCUUUCCACUACUCCCAGCUAAUGACGGGCCUGCGUGUCGGGGUACGCUUGGUGGGACUCUGGCUGCUCUCUGCCCUCAUCGGUUUCCUCCCGGUUGUUGCCCCGAGCUUUCAGCACGUCUCUGCAAAGGACAAGUGCUCCUUCUUCGGAGUCUUCCAGCCAGGCUACAUUUUCAUCGUCUUCUGCAUCGGCUUCCUCCCAGCGCUCUUUCUUUUCAUAUACCUCUACUGCGACAUGCUGAAAAUUGCAGCGUCGCAUGUGCAGCAUAUCCGGGGGGUGGAGCACGCGGGGCUGGCGGGUCGCUACCCCCUGACACGCGCCGUCAGCGACAUGAAGGCCAUGCGCACCGUGGCCGUGCUCACCGGCUGCUUCACACUGUCCUGGCUGCCCUUCUUCAUCGCCAGCAUCGUGCAGACCGUGUGCCCCGAGUGCUUCCCCUACAAAGUCAUUGAGAACUACCUGUGGUUGCUGGGGCUCUGCAACUCCCUCCUGAACCCGCUGCUCUACUCUUACUGGCAGAAGGACGUGCGGCUGCAGUUUGUCCAGCUGGCUGCCAGUGUGAAGAGGAGAGUGCUCCUUCACCUGGGGGAUGGCCCUGGUUCCCACAGCAGAGGCACCAAGCCCCUCCCCACCGUGUCCCGCUUGCAGCUCCAGGACUCGCACGGUAAGGAGUCCUGCCCGCCUCCUCCAUCACAGCCGUGA